AUGCCUUCAGAGACUUCUCAGCCAACUCAAACUACAACACAAACAGAGACUGUUCCUGUGCGAAAUGUAUUGCGACUUUAUCCUGCUGAGGAAAAACAGAAAAAGAAGCAAAGAAACAGAGUGAGAUGGGAAGAAGGCGUGGUCGAUAACGAGUUCAUGAACAAGAAGAAGUCUAAAAUCUGCUGCAUUUUCCAUCCUAACAACGAGGACGAGUACGAGGUCGAAGAAACCGAAUCGGAAUCGGAGUCCUCCUCAUCGUCCUCCUCAUCCUCAGAUGAAAGUGAUCAUGAGGGUCCUUCCAAGCCGAACGCUUACGAAAGACAACCGAAAUACAAGCGCAAGAAAUGCGCCCAGUGCGAACAUGAACAUAAUCAUGGGUGA